CACUCUUCUGCAUACACAUAACGUCCAUCCAGAGCAAGGAGUGAAGCGAUAACUUGAAAAAAGAAACCCAGUCCGCCAUUGAAACGGCUUCGGCCUCCUCAACAACGACGAUGCGCCCCCUGGCGAUUCUCGCGGGUUUUCAACGGAGACCCCGAUCGAGUCAGUCCCUAGAUUUUGUUCAAGUGACUCAGGAGGAACAAGGUAGAAAGAAGACUCAGUGGUAGAGCAACAAGUUGUUCAAUAUCUCCUGUUGAGGUGUCGUUACCAACAUCAUCUGGUACUCAAAAGAUGAGCACCCGCGUCUGUUUUAAGCAAUUGUGUUGAUGUCAUUUCCGAGAUUGAUACCCGUGAACCAUGAGAUUGAUGUGAAACAUUCUUUACAAGGUGUUUGUGCCAUUUUCUAAUGAGGGUUCCAGUAGGUUGACACGAGGCUGCUUCAGAACAUCGGAGCAUGUCCCACUCCAAAUUGAGCUUGGCUAUGGACGAUAGUCCAACCAGAUCCAGAGAUCACUCCAACGAGCCCUUUUCUGCGGCUACCAACAUGGACCACGAGACCAUCAUCAACAAUUCGGAUGAUGAUCAUGUGGCCGAAAUGGAAAAGCUCAUGCCUCCUCCGCCUUCUAUUACAGCGGCCGCAGCUUCUGGAGCAAUUGGAAGUAGCGGAGUCUCAGACACAUUCCAAUCGAUCAAUUCUAGUUUUUGCGAUGCCACCCAAGAAGCUCGGAAUUUCACGCAGAUUUUGGCUGUGCUCGCAGUGAGCUUUGGCUGUUACAUUCAUGGCACAACAGUGACGUUUCCGGCUGUGUUUUGGCCUUUGAUGGUCCAUGCCAACUCUACCAAUGCCACCCUACCACAUUCUUUAUUCAACUACUCCUUGCCAUUUCAUGUCUACAAUGAAGACAGAGCUCUCAUCAUGAGCAUCGCUUCUUUCGGGAUGUUGGCCGGGAGCCUUGUGGCAGGUCCCAUGGCCAACUUUAUCGGCCGGAAGUGGACCAGUAUUAUUGGGACGUGUGGAACCUUGACCUUGAGCUACGCCAUGGUCCUCUUUGCCCAAUAUCUGUGGAUGGUCCAACUCGGCCGGUUCAUCAUGGGAACGGCUCUGGGGUUUUCAACCACCAUAUCCACUCUUUACAUCAUGGAGAUUGCCACUCCCAACCUUCGCUCCAGCCUGGCAGUGGUGCCAGCCAUUGCUGGGACCCUUGGAAUUUUGAGCUGCCAAUGCUUGGGCGCUGUACUCAAUUGGCAACUCCUCACUUUGGUCCUGACUUGCCUCAACAUUCCCUUCCUGUUGAUGCUCUUGUUCCUUCCCGAGACCCCCGUGUAUCUCAUUGCCACAGAGCAAAUAGAGAGGGCUCACAGUGUGCUUCGAACGUUGAGGGGUCGCCGUUGGGACAUCACCAAAGAGUUAACCGACAUCAAAAUUGCCUCCGAGGCCCAUGAUCAAAAGAAGGAUCACAUUGGACUUCGGGACUUUUCCGCGCCGUCGGUUCUCAAGCCGUUCCUCAUGGCCCUGGUACUCAUGUUCUUCUUUCAGUUCACUGGUAUCAAUCUCAUUCUGCAGUACACGGUGGACAUCUUCCAAUCCGCCGAAAGCUCGAUCAACGAGUUCAUGGCCACCAUCUUUGUCGGGAUUGCUUUGCUCAUCUCGAAUAUUAUCACGCUAUUGGUAGCCGGAAAGAUGCCGCGCCGUCUCAUGCUCUUGUUUUCAUCCCUGGGAAUUUCGGUGAUGCUCAUUUCUAUGGGCGUGUUCUUCUACCUAAAAACCCUUGAGCAUUCCUCUUGCUAUGACAAUCUGAAGAGUCAAUAUAGUGUUAUGAACAUGAGUGCCGACACUCUGACCGAUGUGAUUCCAGUGCCAGAAAAGUUCCUGAACUCGGAGUCCACUCCCGCUUCAACGGAGGACGAGUCCCUGCCAGCCAGUGUCAUCAAGGGUAACAAAGAUUGCCCUUCCAUCUACACUGCUCAUCUCGGAUGGCUGCCUCUAGUUAUCCUUAUGCUGUACAUCUUCUUCUUUAACCUGGGCUACGGUUCCAUGAUCUGGAUCACUGUGGCUGAAAUCCUACCUCAACAUGUCCGUUCCGUCACGAAUAGCUUAUCAGUGGGCUUCACUUGCUUGUGUUCGUUUUUUACUUCCCAUACUUACGACGAUCUGAAAAACUCCAUCGGUGGGGAAGGCGUUUUUUGGUUAUAUGGUGGGAUCAGUUUGAUUGGGUUUUUCUUCAUUAUGUUCUUCGUUCCCGAAACGAAAAAUAAGUCAGAGGCGCAAAUUCGACGACAUUUCCUCUCGAAGGCCGAGCGGGCUGCCUUGGAUGCUUCGGGCCGACGAUGAAUCGCUUGCGCAUGGUCACCCUGCACAAGAAUAAUGUACAACCCAUAAUGCACAAAACGCGAGGAAUAAAGGAAGAAUCGUUCGAGGACCCCUCAGAUUAGUACAGUAGUGUUUCAGUGAAGUGUUCAAGUGCCUCAACUUGUGAAACUAAGACUGAUGUUGAGGGUUACCUCUCCCGAUAAGCAGUGUUUCGACCCCAUUGGCCCCACAAUCGAUUUCACCAAUGUUAAACCGAUAACCACCACCAAUUGGCUGAGUUCCAUGUAAUAAUUAAUGCCUUGCAUUUUGUCCCAAAUUUCUUUCGCAUUGCUUUUCAAAUCCGGCUGUGAGCACUCACACUUCGAGUUUUCCCGAUUUAAAGAAAAGAAAAACAGGACAUUUGAAGAAUCAGAAUUACCCUUGAUCAGUUGUAUUUUUUCUUAUUUAGUACAGCAAUGCAUGUACCAUGUUAUUGAAUGUCUUUAAAUAUAAAGUAAGAUCUUCCAGUGAAGAACGACCAAACUAUCGUUCGCAUCGUUUGAAGAUUUGUUGUAUUCCUAUUCAUGCGUACAAUACGAAACUGCUUCAUACAUGGUGAAAAAUAAAUCAUGGACACUGUU